AGGCGCGGUCUUUUAGGUGAAAAAAUCAAUCUUGUUGUGGAAGCAACUAAAUCCAAAUCAAUGGCGAAAAGCGAAACCUCAGAGCCUUCUUCUCGGCCAUGGGAAUCUUAUCACACUGUCUUUACCAAUGCCAAAGCUGGAAUGGAAGGAGUGGACAAGGAAAAAGUGCAGAGGAUAGUGUAUGAAAUGAGUAAAGGAUCCAAGUAUUUUGAGAAUGAGGGAAAGAAGGAAGCUUAUACGAAGCAGAAAAUUGAGAACAUGCGUGUUCAGUACUCCAAACUUACUGCACAAGAUAUAACUCAUCAUCAGAAGAUGGCUGACAAAAGGAUUUUAGAGCUAGAAGCCACACGUGAUUUGUCAAGGAUUUGGCUACAUGUGGAUAUGGAUGCUUUUUAUGCAGCUGUUGAAACCUUGUGUAAUCCGUCAUUGGAAGGCAAGCCAUUGGCUGUUGGCAGCAUGUCCAUGAUUUCCACAGCAAGCUAUGAGGCCCGGAAAUUUGGCGUCCGUGCUGCGAUGCCUGGAUUUAUUGCACGUAAACUAUGUCCAGAGUUGUUAUUUGUCCCUGUAGACUUUCAGAAAUAUAAUCAUUACAGCAACUUAACAAGAAAAGUUUUUCAGAAAUAUGAUCCAAACUUUUUGGCUGCUAGCUUGGAUGAGGCAUACCUAGAUAUUACUAGUGUUUGCAAAGAGAGGGGCAUUACGAGUGGAGAAGUGGCUGAAGAGCUAAGACAAAGUGUACACCUUGAGACAGGUCUCACGUGUAGUGCUGGAGUUGCACCAAACCGCUUACUUGCUAAGGUUUGUUCAGAUAUCAACAAACCCAAUGGCCAGUUUGUUUUGCCAAAUGAUCGAAGUGCUAUCCUGACAUUUAUUUCUUCACUUCCAAUAAGGAAGAUUGGGGGCAUCGGUAAGGUGACCGAACGUAUCUUAAAGGAUGUCUUUGGAAUAGCAACCUGUGAGGAGAUGCUGCAAAAGAGUAGUUUUAUUUGUGCCCUGUUUUCUCGUUCGUCAGCAGAUUUUUUCCUUUCUGUCGGUCUAGGGCUUGGCGGAACCGAUACUCCUCAAUAUAAGACGAGAAAGAGUAUAAGUAAUGAAAGAACCUUUUCAGCCACUGAGGAUGAAGCUUUGCUUUUCCAAAAAUUAGUUGAUCUAUCAGAGAUGCUUUCUGCUGAUAUGAAAAGGGAAGGUCUUUUUGGGCGAACAUUGACACUAAAACUGAAAACCGCAUCCUUUGAGGUUCGAACUCGAGCCGUGACUUUGCCAAGUUACAUAAGUUCAAGUGAGGAAAUCUUGAAACAUGGUUCGAAGCUGCUGAAGGCCGAAUUUCCUGUUUCUUUGAGACUCAUGGGACUUCGUAUGUCUCAUUUCAGUGAAGACAAGAAUGGCAUUCCACCUGAUCCUACACAAAAAACUCUUUCUAAUUUCAUUCUCGCCGGAGAUGCUUCUGGAGGAAAGACGAGUGAUUACAGGCACUUGGUCUCUGAUGUUUGUGAUAACACUUUCUCAGUUGAUGUGAAUUGUUGUCCUACCUACUGCGCUGAGCCAUCUUGUGAUCUGCGUGACUCGUCAAUGGAGAACCAGACAUCAGAUUCUACUUACAGUUGCCAUAUAUUAGGGAACAUUAAUGAAGAAGUGAACGAAACUGUUGUACCUCCAAAUAGUGAACCUAGACUGAAGGUUCAUGAACCAACCGAUACUGAUCAUACAAUAAAGUCUGAGAAGGUCGUCUCUUAUACGGGACAAUUUGAGGCAAGCAGCUGUGAUAGAUGGGAGAUUGGUGUUAACUGUGCGGAUGAUGAGGCAGGGUCUGUAUCAGAUCAGAAGCAAUUAUUUCGUUGGGUGGAUGACUACAAAUGCUCUAUUUGCGGUAUUGAGCUGCCUCCAAGUUUCGUUGAAGAAAGGCAAGAACAUUCUGAUUUUCAUCUUGCUGAAAAGCUGCAAGGUGAAGAAUCAGGCAGCCACCACAGAAGUUUUAUGCCACAACAGAGGGCUUCCCAGAAAGGCCAUAUUGGAAGCAGCGGUCGGCAGAAAAAGAAACAGAAAUCAUCUCCAACUGCUAGCAAAUACGUACCCAUUGACGCGUUCUUUGUCAAAACAAACCAGAAUUUUUGAAAGGCAUAAAAGAGUGAAGAGCUAUUUAUUCAGAAGAAAAAUGAUAAAUCUAUUUCUUUUUUCAUGUAUUCUUUGUGCUAUAUAAUUGUGUAACUCCUUGUACAUAGUCGUUCAUAAAUAUGCAACAAGUGUAAUAGUUAAUGGAAAGCUAGAGUACAGUAGAUCACGCUCUGUUAGUCUAAAUUGUUUGUUAUCUACAGCGUUCACUUGUAUUUUGUGUUGCUGGUGCUCUAUUCAAAUAAAUUUGUGAUAGUUAUUUUCCA